GCGGCCGUUGGGGCGGGAAAAGGCUGUGGAGGGCUCGAGGCCUCAGUGGGCAUUGGGUUUUCCUCGCCCUUGAGGUGAAGACAAGCACACGGAAGGCGAAAGAUUCUGUCUGCAGCUAAGCUAAGGGGGUGGGUUUAUGGAUCCAGUGAGUCGCCCAGGUGUCCCCCGAGGCUUCUGAAGAUGGACAGACCUGUGAGGUCAAGAUUGGCCUCCCUCAGUGAUUUCCAGUUCGGAGCUGUCGCCACAGAGACAAUCGAAGACGCUCUGCUUCACCUGGCGCAGCAGAAUGAGCAAGCGGUGCAGGAGGCUGCCGGCCGGACGGGCAGCUUCAGGGAGACCCGGAUCGUGGAGUUUGUUUUUCUCCUGUCUGAACAAUGGUGUCUGGAGAAAUCUGUGAGCUACCAGGCUGUAGAAAUCCUAGAAAGGUUUAUGGUUAAGCAGGCAGAGAAUAUGUACCGGCAAGCCACGGUCCAGCUGAGUGAGAAGAAGGAGCCUCAGAAUUGGAAAGCUCUGAAAGAGCAGCUUUCCAGCAAGUUUAUCCUGCGUCUUGUGUCGUGUGUUCAACUGGCGAGCAAACUUUCCUUCCACUACAAAAUCAUCAGCAACGUUACAGUCCUGAAUUUCCUCCAGGCUCUAGGGUAUGUGCACAGUAAAGAAGAACUGCUGGAGUCAGAGCUUGAUGUUUUGAAGUCCCUGAACUUCCAGAUCAAUCUGCCCACUCCCCUGGCAUAUGUGGAGAUGCUUCUGGAGGUGUUAGGAUACAAUGGCUGCUUGGUCCCAGCCACACAGCUGCACACAACCUGCCUGACCCUGCUCGACCUUGUCUAUCUCCUGCAUGAACCCAUAUAUGAGAGCCUGCUGAGGGCUUCCAUUGAAAACUCUGUACCCAGUCAGCUGCAAGGGGAAAAGUUUGUUUCAGUGAAGGAAGACUUCAUGCUGUUGGCGGUAGGAAUCAUUGCGGCGAGUGCUUUCAUCCAAAACCACGAGUGCUGGAGCCAGGUUGUGGGGCAUUUGCACAGCAUCACAGGCAUUGCCUUGGAAAGCAUCGCUGAGCUCUCUUACGCAAUCCUGACUCACAGCGUGGGAGCCAACACUCCUGCCCGACAGCGGCCGGCUCCUCCCCACCUGGAGCCCAGAGCUCUGAGGGCCUCCGCUGGCUCUAACACAUGAGGUGCCUCCAACACAGGUGCGCUCAGCCCACCAAGUAUAAACAGCCUUCCUCACCGCGCUCAGCCCUCCUUUUGUGUACUCUCCGACUCAGGAUACAGAAGUUCCGAGUAUCUUUUUGAACUAUGUUUUGUAUUCCAACUUCAUGCUCCUUUUUCUGCACCAGAGAGAGAGUUAAAGUUGACAAGCAUGUCCUUUUCACCGUUAUCAAGACUGAAAAUGUCAAGGAGCUGGGAGGAGACAGAACAUUAGUGAAGUUGGUUCGUUUUUGUUUAACAAGAUAUUUAUAGCUUUUCCUUAACUGUUCACUUCAUUGAGAGAGGACACCAGACAUGAAAAUGAGUAUUAACCAGGGGCUUGAAAACCGGGACUGUUUGGGUGACCUUGACUGAUCAUCAAGGAGGCAACCUUUAUCUCCCCUUCAAGUUAGCUUAACAUCUCUGUUCUGUCACUGAGAUGUACACAAAUGGGGCUUCCUCUACAGCUGACUAUCCCCACGAGUCUUUUUUAAGAAUAACACUAAUCCAUCUCUAAACAUGUUUCGACAGAAUUUCCACAAACUGCACUUGAACUCAACACUCCUAGAAUAUAAAGUACUCUAUCUUAGUCAACAAAAAAGCCCAACAGUACACCUCUGGGCAGUUACCAGACUGCAGUUAAAACUUUUAUUACAAAUAAUUAAAUCUCUGCAUAAUGUCUCAGACAAUAUCAAACACCAUUUCAUAUUUCUAACAGAAAGCAGAGUAGGCAGUCAGCACGAGAACCAAGACAGGACAAGUGUUAAAUCUCAAGCUUCUGAUCACACCACCUGGUAACCAAAGCUGAUGUGUCACUCUCUCACAUUAUCCAACUGUGCGUCUCACACAUCUCGUCGUCUCAGUGCAGACAGAAGUUUCUAGUUCAUAUUUUAAGUGCAGGAAGUUGAGAGAGAGAAAACCCAGUGAAAACACAUCAAUCUCAAUUCAACUCCAUUAACAACAACAACAAAAGCAAAUUUAAAUUAUUUUGAGGGGAAGGGGGCAAGGGAGGUAUGGGGUUAAGAGUCAAAACUAUGACAAAGGCUGGUAGCUGUACAAGGCAUGUUGUAGCUCUGGAAACUGUCACAUGAUAUCCUAAAAUAAAGUGGCUUUUGUGGAUUUUUUUUUUCUUUUUUGGUAUUGUAAACAUGUGCUGUUUAAUAGUACCCGAAUUUAAUUUAAAAUACUUUUUUCUCUUUGCAAACAAAACAAAAUUUAAAGCCUUUAAGGCAAACUUAUCUUCCUCA